AUGGAGAAAUUGUAUGCUGCAGUAUUUAUUGUGGAUCGGAAGCGAAUUUUGGAAAUGGCAAGUCUUGUGUGGCACAACUAUAGCUUUGAUAACCAUGUUAUAGCGAAUUAUGGACUUAAACUUGCUGGCUUCCAUGCUGAUACAAUGCACAUGGCCCGAUUGUGGAAUUCAUCAAGAAGAUUAGAAGGUGGGUAUUCUCUGGAAGUCCUUACCGUGAUUAUUCUGUCAUGUCCGAUGCUAGGUUAUGCCUUGAGCAAUGGGUGGUGUAGAAAGGUUGAAAUUGAAUGGGGAAACCAUGCCCUAUCCAACAGAGUUCAGGAAGCUGUCCAGUGUAUGCCUCGAUCUUCUCGUACAGGUGAUUUGAUUUUUGACCACGAGAUAGAGAAGACCGCGCGUAGAACGAGAAAGGAAACCAGACAACUCAGAGAAGAGCACUCCAGGGCUACAUCUCAAAGACCCGAGUCAGAAGUUGAACCAACAGAUUCGUUUGGUGACACUUCAAGUGACUCUGACCAGGAGGAAGGAACCAUGGCUAAUGCACAAACAUUAAGGGAGUUGGCUGCUCCUGAUUUAACUCAGCAGCCUUUGUGCAUUACUUUCCCCGCUUUAAAUGACAACAUUCCAUUUGAACUAAAAUCUGGUCUGAUUCAGCUUUUACCCUCUUUUCAUGGUUUACCAGGUGAAGAGCCGUAUAAGCAUCUGCAGGAGUUUGAUGUUGUUUGCAACAGUAUGAAACCCCCGGAAAUCACAGAAGAGCAGAUAAAAAUGAGGGCAUUCCCCUUCUCCUUGAAAGAUUCUGCGAAGGACUGGCUGUACUACCUGUCACCAGGUAGCAUCACCACGUGGGGCCAAUUGAUGAAAAAAUUUUUGGAUAAAUAUUUUCCUGCAUCCAGGGCUGCAAGUCUAAGGAAAGAAAUUUGUGGGAUCAAACAGCAUCCAGGGGAGUCACUUUACGAGUAUUGGGAACUGUAUAAGAACUUGUUGCGCAGAGACAGGAGCAUCAUUGAUGCUGCAAGUGGAGGGGCACUGGUGAACAAAACCCCUCAGGAAGCACGGGAGUUAAUAGAGGGGAUGGCAGAGAACUCACAGCAAUUCAGUACAAGAGAGGAUGUUCCAAUACGUAGGGUGAAUGAGAUAGAGACACCCUCUGUGCAGCAGCAGCUAAAUGAGUUGACUGCUUUUGUUAGGCAACAGGCUGUGAGAAAUGCAUCACAAGCCAGGGUAUGCGGGAUUUGCACUGGUAUAGGCCACUCUGCAGACAUGUGCCCAAUGAUUCAGGAAGAAACUGCAGAACAGGUGAACAUGGCAGACCACGCGCCCGCGCCAAGGAAGCAGUACGACCCUUACUCAAGCACCUACAACCCCGGGUGGAGAGAUCAUCCCAACCUCAGUUAUGGAGGGAAUAGGCAACCCAACUUUACACCGAACAGGCAGUCUAGCUUUGUGCCAAAUAAGCCACCAGGGUACCAGCAGCAAUACCAACCCCGACCACCUCAGCCCCCUCAAUCCGGUUCAUCUAUGGAGGAGAUGAUGAAACAAAUGAUGACAACCAUGGCGCAAAAUCAGCAAAGGACAGAGGCAACUAUUAUGCAAAAUCAGCAAAGGACGGAGGCAACCAUUAUGCAACAUCAGCAAAGGACGGACUCCGAAAUGCAGGACAUAAGGAAUCAGAUAAGUCAACUGGCCACAACAAUCAACCGCUUGGAUGCCCAAAAUCAAGGUAAAUUGCCAUCUCAACCUGAGUUGAACCCGAAGAAUGUGAGCGCCAUGACCUUGAGGAGUGGCAAGGAAGUUCAAGGGCCUGAGCCUGUGAUCCCCAAGGACAAGGAUGAAGAGAAGAUCGAAAGUGAGCUCGAAAGGGAGGACAGCAAUGGUGCAGAUCCACAGGUACUUCCUGACCCAACAAUUACAGUUAGGACUAACCCGCCUCCUUUUCCUAGCAGGUUGGAAAAAUCAAAGAAGCAGGAUAAGGAGAGGGAAAUCUUGGAGGUUUUUCGCAAGGUUGAGAUAAAUAUCCCCCUCUUAGACGCCAUCAAACAAGUACCAAAAUAUGCCAAGUUCCUAAGGGACUUGUGUGUCAACCGAAGGCGAUUGAGAGGGGAUGAACGGGUUAUUGUUGGGGAGAAUGUGUCAGCGGUCCUGCAGAGAAAGCUCCCACCAAAGUGCGGGGACCCAGGUAUGUUUACUAUUCCCUGUAGGAUAGGUAAUACUGUGAUCAGAAGGGCCAUGUUGGAUCUGGGAGCAUCAAUUAAUGUCAUGCCUAAGUCUAUCUAUGCUUCUCUAAAAUUAGGUCCAUUAAAAGAAACUGGAAUUAUCAUUCAAUUAGCUGACCGAACUAAUGCAUAUCCUGAUGGGUUGGUUGAAGAUGUAUUGGUAAAAGUUAAUGAUUUGGUGUUUCCAGCUGAUUUUUAUGUACUGGAUAUGGAUGAUGAUCACUCCCCUGAUCCCUCACCUUUGUUAUUGGGUAGACCUUUUAUGAGCACUGCACAGACGAAAAUUGAUGUUAAUAAGGUGCAGGAAGUGUUUGAAACUGAUGGCAGGGAUGAGUUGGAGGUGGCUUUAACCAAGCACCUCGAGUUGGAGACAACUCCUCAGGUGGAGGUAUUGCCAUCUGUGGUGCAGGCACCUGUACUGGAGUUGAAACCUCUACCAGAGCACCUGAGAUAUGCAUAUUUGGGUGAUAAUGAGACACUCCCGGUGAUUAUCUCGUCGGCACUGUCAAAAAUCCAGGAAGAGAAAUUGAUCCGAGUCCUUCGGGAGCAUAAAGAGGCGAUAGGCUGGACAAUCGCAGACAUUAAGGGGAUAAGCCCGGCCAUCUGUAUGCACCGGAUUAGGCUAGAAGACGAUGCCAAACCUGUUAGGCAGGCUCAAAGAAGGCUCAACCCCCUCAUGAUGGAAGUUAAGGCAGGAGUAACGGUAGAAGCCAACCAAACGGGUGAGCUCGUGCCAGUGCGCAAACCCACUGGAUGGAGGCAGUGUAUAGACUACCGUAGGCUGAACGCCGUCACUAAAAAGGACCACUUCCCUCUCCCUUUCAUUGACCAAAUGGUUGAACGUUUAGCUGGUAGAGCUUAUUAUUGCUUUUUGGAUGGAUUUUCAGGAUACUUUCAGAUAGCAAUUGCCCCGGAGGAUCAAGAGAAGACAACUUUCACGUGCCCGUUCGGGACCUUUGCCUACAGACGAAUGCCAUUUGGGUUGUGCAAUGCACCUGCGACUUUCCAAAGGUGUAUGGUGAGUAUUUUUUCUGAAUACGUGGAGAAAAUUAUUGAAGUUUUCAUGGAUGAUUUCAGUGUGUAUGGUGAUAGUUUUGAUACGUGUUUAGAUAACCUGAAAUUGAUCCUGAUAAGGUGUAUAGAGACUAAUCUUGUGCUAAAUUGGGAAAAAUGUCAUUUUAUGGUUGAGCACGGAAUAGUCCUAGGUCAUAUUGUAUCGUCUAAGGGCAUAGAAGUUGACAAGGCUAAAAUAGACAUUAUUUCUGCAUUACCUUACCCCGCGAGUGUGCGGGAGGUGCGUUCUUUUCUUGGACAUGCAGGUUUUUAUCGAAGGUUCAUCAAGGAUUUUUCAAAAAUUGGAGCCCCGUUGUUCCAACUUCUACAAAAGGAUGUGACCUUCGAAUUCAAUGACAAAUGUGAGAAGGCCUUUAACAAGCUGAAGGAAUUGCUGACUUCACCCCCAAUCAUCCAACCCCCCGAUUGGAAUUUGCCAUUUGAGAUCAUGUGCGAUGCCAGUGAUCAUGCUAUUGGGGCUGUAUUGGGGCAAAGAGUAGGGAAGGCAGCUCAUGUCAUCUAUUACGCAUCCCGGGCCUUGAAUGGAGCCCAGUUGAAUUAUUCCACCACUGAGAAGGAGCUUCUUGCAGUUAUUUUUGCUUUGGAAAAAUUUAGGUCAUAUUUGCUAGGUGCUAAAGUAAUUGUAUUUUCUGACCAUGCAGCAUUAAGGUACCUAAUGACCAAGAAAGAUGCAAAGCCGAGACUCAUCAGGUGGAUAUUGCUACUACAGGAAUUUGACCUGGAGAUAAGGGACAAGAAAGGCUCAGAAAAUCUAGUAGCAGACCAUUUAAGUCGCAUACCAAUUGGGGAGGAUAAGGAACCAUUGAAAGAUGCAUUCCCUGAAGAGCAUUUAUUUUCCUUAAAUUCUCAAUUGCCUUGGUAUGCUGAUUUAGUCAAUUAUCUAGUAACGGGUGAUUUUCCUGCAGGUUGGCCAAAAUCGAAGAAGGAUAAAUUGAAGAGUGACGCCAAGUACUUCAUCUGGGACGACCCGUACCUAUGGAAAAGGUGUGCAGACCAAAUAAUGAGGAGAUGUGUAAGUGAAGUGGAAUUUCAAUCAAUUUUAGCUUUUUGUCAUGCUUUUGCCUGUGGAGGUCAUUUUGGACCUAAGAGAACUGCUCAUAAGGUUUUGGAAAGUGGAUUUUAUUGGCCUUCAUUAUUUAAGGAUGCCUAUGUGUUUUGUAAGUCAUGUGAUCGCUGUCAAAGGGUAGGUAAUAUAGCCCGUAGAGAUCAAAUGCCCCAGGUCCCGUUGAUUUUUGUUGAAAUUUUUGAUGUCUGGGAUAUAGAUUUCAUGGGGCCUUUUCCUACUUCAUUUGGCUUUUUAUAUAUUUUGCUGGCAGUUGAUUAUGUGUCUAAAUGGGUGGAGGCUAAGGCCACUCGAACUAAUGAUUCGAGAGUAGUUGCAGAUUUUAUCAGGUCUAAUAUCUUUGUGCGGUUUGGAAUGCCUAGAGCUAUUGUCAGUGAUAGGGGAACGCACUUUUGCAACAGAACCAUAGCUGCGUUGUUUCGCAAGUAUGGUGUACUCCACAGGGUCUCAACGUCAUACCACCCUCAGACCAAUGGUCAGGCGGAGGUGACAAAUCGGGAGAUUAAGUCCAUUUUAGAGAAAAUGGUGCGCCCUGAUAGGAAAGACUGGAGCCAAAGGUUGGAAGAUGCACUUUGGGCCUAUAAGACGGCGUACAAGACUCCUAUAGGGAUGUCACCGUACCGGUUGGUAUUUGGGAAGCCGUGUCAUCUUCCAGUGGAAUUCGAGCAUAAGGCUUUUUGGGCGAUAAAGCAAUGCAAUAUGAAUUUAGAGGAGGCCGGUGCUCAACGGAAGUUGGAUUUGCAAGAAUUGGAGGAGAUCCGGAACGAAGCAUACGAAAACGCCUUGAUUUAUAAAGAGAAAAGCCGGGCAUUUCAUGACCAACAAAUUUCAAGAAAAACAUUUGAAGUUGGUCAGAAGGUUCUCCUGUACCAAUCCAGGCUCAAGUUAUUCCCAGGUAAGCUACGUUCCCGUUGGAUUGGACCUUUUAUUGUGACUCAUGUUUUUCCAUAUGGUGCAGUUGAAAUCCAAAGUGCUAAGACAGACAACAAAUUUGUGGUGAAUGGACACCGUCUCAAAUAUUAUUACGAAGGAUUUUCAGGUAGAGAGGUGGAGACAACUAGGCUAGACGAGCCACCGUGUCCUAAUCAGUGA